GGUUUCUCUUGGCUGCGCUUUAGUUUCUCUCAUUCUUUAAAGUGCUCUAUAUAUUCACAUCACUAUGCCUGAUAUUGAUAUCGAGUCACUCAAAGCAGCGUGCUACGAGGUCGUAAGCACCGGCGAUGUCGAUAAGCUAACCGACCGCAUCAUCCGCCGCACCCUCGAAAAGCGCUUCGAUCUCGAGGAAAAAUACCUCGACCAGUCUCCCUACAAGCAGCUCUUGAAGGAGACAGCAACCGAGGCCGUUACAGAAAUAGUCACGAACCGGAAUAUCACCACACAGAACGAAUCGGACCGCGAGUCCGCAGCAGCGGAGGAAAGUGACAUGUCCGAGGUCUUUGAUGACGAGCCUGCCGCGCACAAGCGCAAGGCCCCGUCGCCCAGCACCGCGUCAAAGCGCGCCAAGACAGCCCCAGCGCCAGUUUCCAAGAGUAGCGCAACAACAAUUGCCAAUUUGAAAAACUAUAUUGGCAAGUGCGGCGUGCGCAAGGUGUGGGCAAAGGAGCUGAGUGGUAUGAAUGGCGCGCAGCAGGUGCGGCACCUGAAGGAAUUGUUGGUUGAGCUUGGCGUGGAGGGGCGGCCGACGCUGGACAAGUGCAGGAAGGUCAGGCAGAGGCGCGAGAUUCAGGCGGAGCUUGCCGAAAUGGAUACGCAGAAUAUUAUUGACGAGAAGGAGCUGGCGCCAGUUGAGGCAGUGAGGGGCAGGAGAGCUGCAGCCAGGAGAGAGGUCAAGUAUUCAUUGGAGAGUGACGAGGAGGGUGAUGCAGUGUCGCAGGGCGAGGGCGGCCGUGGGGAGGAGGAAGAGGAGGUUGCAGAUAGCGAGGAGUCGGAGGCAUAUACAGAAUCAGAGAGUGAGGAUGGGGAUGGCGCGGAGGAUGGGUUUGCUGACAGUAACGACGACGAAGAGUAGCUGCUUCGUAUAUAUUUACCACUACAAAACUGAAUGUGCAUUUCUUUUUCCACAUCAUGAAGAUCAUGUAU